UUGGUCGAAAUAAAAUGCCAGAAUGGUCCUUCAUCUGUCUUAUGAACCUUGGAACAGGAAUCAGCAUCGUCGAUGAGCAAACCUAUGCGGCGAGCAGUAAAGCGGUAUGAUAGGCGAAGACGUGCUCCCGCGGAAAGCGUAGGAAAGUAGCAAGAUGACCAGGACAAGCUGCAACGUAUUUGCAUGCAUAGGAAUAGCACGCAUCAUGUGUUGCCGGGUCGAAACUGAAGAAUCCACUGCCGAGAUUCCGCCCGAAAUUCUCGCAACCUGAGCGCGGCGCGCUAAUUGCAGACACGAGACAAUCCAAGCACGGUGACAAAAGAUCUUAUCCUCCUCGACACCGCGUAGCGAGAUGGCAAGACGAUACUUGUAUCCUCGCUUGAGUCAGCCCUACAGCUGAAUAAAUCUUGCAAAAAAAAGGAAAAGCAAUUGUUGCAAUAGUACAGUGGACGAUGCAGUAUGUACGUAGGAGUACAGUGGAUUGUAUGGGAUUUUAUAUUAGAAACAUACGGAAACCAAGAUAAUAGUCAACACUCUACGAGCCAUUCGCCAGCGGCUCUGAUCAUGGUGCGCGUCGCGGUGGUGGGCUGUGCCCACGGGAUGCUGGACGACAUCUACGCGACCGUCGAUUUUGUCAACGAGAUGGAUCCAGAGAAUCCCGUGGAACUGCUGCUUUGCUGCGGCGACUUCGAGUGCAUGCGUAACAUUCGCGACCUGGAGACGCUGGCCUGUCCGCCAAAGUACCGCGCACUGCACGCUUUCCAUCGCUACUACAAACAGGAGAAGACAGCCCCAGUGCUCACGAUCUUUGUCGGCGGUAACCAUGAGGCUUCAGGGUACCUAAAGGAGCUGCACUAUGGCGGAUGGGUGGCCCCCAACAUGUUUUAUCUUGGAGCAGCAGGCGUCGUCAACGUGGCAGGACUGCGUAUUGCUGGGUUGUCUGGCAUUUACAAGCAGCAACACUACACAGCAGGACGAUUCGAAUCAAUGCCGUUCGACAACAAUACUAUGCGUAGCGUAUACCACGUCAGGGAGCUCGAGGUUUUCCAGCUCUCGCACGUGCAGCAGAUAGACAAGACUCCUCUAGGCGUGUUCCUCUCGCACGACUGGCCCCGAGGAAUCGAGCAGUACGGUAAUAUCCCGCAAUUGCUGCGUCGCAAGCCGUUCUUUGAGCAGGAGAUCAGAACCAACACAUUGGGCAGUCCUGCCGGCGAGUUCCUGAUGUUCCAGUUGCGCCCGCAGUACUGGUUUGCAGCACACUUGCAUGUCAAAUUUGCUGCCAUCGUGGUGCACCCUAAUCAGGCAACUGAUGCGUCAAGUGGCGAGUCUACUGAAACAGAAAAACCACAAGCGAAUGAACAGGAUUCGGCUCCCAACCCCCCACCUCAGCCUGCGACUACCAAGUUUUUAGCGCUUGAUAAAUGUCUCCCUCGUCGAGAAUUCAUGCAGAUUCUGGACUUGCCUACUUCUACUGCAGCAAAUACUCCAGGGAGCCAGAAGAAUGAUUCAGACGCACCGAUGAGCGAAACAAAGCAUGAUGCCACCCAUUCCGAUGAUGCUGCCAAGACUGAAGCUUCCGCGCAACACGCUAAGCGCUCGCCUCCCAAGAUUAUGUUCGAUCUCGAGUGGCUUGCUAUCCUGCGUGCAACGCAUCACCUUGCUUCAUCCAGUAAGUUUGCACCGCGGGUGCCGCAGGAGGAAAUGAAGAUUGAGGACAAGGACAUUGCAUGGGUAAAGCAGCGUCUCCAGGAAUUUGUUGUAGGGAAGAAGAUAGACAAGGCCGAGGGCGAGUGGAUCACAGACUUUGUGAAGACCGCACCAGGCCACGGUGAAGAGGCAGGACCCGUGUUGGUGACGGGUAAUCCUCAGACUGAUCUCCUUUUGGAGCUGUUGAAGCUUCCGCACGUAGUGACUGCGCCAUUUGUUGGUGGUGACGCGACUGCUGCAAAUGUUGAUGACCCAAACGAGAUCGACCUAGAUGACGAUGACGGUGAUGAAAACGACGUCGAAGAUACAAAACCAAUGGACACCGAUGCCGCCACCAGCAAUGAUACUAAUGCUAACCCAGUAGUAGAGUCUACAGCAGCACCUGCAGACCCGUGCGAAAUCGAUCUAGACCUAUAAUGUGCAAGCAAUUCUGGCAUCGUUUGGCUCCCUAUUGUCUUGUGGAAAGAAGACAAUACUUGCAAAUUUCAUGUCUGCAAUUGCAAGUUGCGAUUGCUAGUAUCCAAAUAUUUCAGUUAAAAUCUAUCACAUGUAUACAGUAUACAAUUAUACAUUUGAUCAUGAAGAAUAAUUUUAAAUAAUAAACUG